UCCUGGGAAGAAGGAAUAAAAGGCUGCCUCUCCCCACACCGCGAUGCUGCAGCCAGAGAGGUGACCAGGAGGAGGUGACCACUGAGGAGGUGAACAGGAGGAGGAUGUCUGAGCUGGAGAAGGCUGUGGUGGCCCUCAUUGACGUUUUCCAUCAGUACUCUGGGAGAGAAGGUGACAAGCACAAGCUGAAGAAGUCUGAACUUAAGGAACUCAUCAACAAUGAGCUCUCCCACUUCCUAGAGGAAAUCAAAGAGCAGGAGGUUGUGGACAAAGUCAUGGAAACACUGGAUGAAGACGGAGAUGGAGAAUGCGACUUCCAGGAAUUUAUGGCUUUUGUUGCCAUGGUGACCACUGCCUGCCACGAGUUCUUCGAACACGAGUGAGACAGAGAAAGCAGCCAAGCUGUUCCUGUAACAAGAGACGACAUACAGGGAAUCGGAGAACAAGGGCUGGCAGAGCAGCGAGAGCUAAGCUUUUCAUGUGUAGCUAAUUAGGAAGCUUGAUUUGCUUUGUGGAUGAAAAAUUGAAAGCUUCUUUCCCAGGGCUGCUUAAAUCGCGGUGUCAUUAUUUUUGCUGUGUUAGGCAUUUGUGUGGUUCCAAGACUAUUGGCAAUAAUCACUUAGGAAAGUCAAUUUUUAGCAUAGAGCUUGUGCUGUACAGACCGCCGUGUCCUUGUGGAAUACCAACCCAGACAAAAAAAAAAGGGCUACCCAAAGUAGUCCCGGAGAAUCUGAAAAUACAAAGCCUUGUCCAUUAUCAUUCAAAAAGGCAGCCCUUCCUUACAUUUGUUCGUCAUUUGUUCAAAUAAAGCCUAAACAUGGCUUGGCCACACUGUCACUCCCAUCCAAAAGAGCACAGUCAUAUUUAAAUCCCUUUUCCUAUAGUGAGCCAUGAUUACUGAGUAAAUAUUCAAUGCUAACCAUCUAAAUGGAAAAAUGUCUCAUGAAGCAACGAUUACUGACACUUAACAGAAGUGAGAACCAAAACUCUGCAUUGAGUAGAGUUCUAGAUGACACUCCAGUGGUCCUGCAGCACAUGUGCAGAAGCACGGCUAGGCUCAGGGCCAGUGUUUAGGGUCUGCCCUCUAACUGUGGAGCCGGUAAUGUCAACUCCGUGGCAGUCUCUGCUGUCGAUCAAAUGAGUGACCACAAGGGCAAAGUUGGUGAGGCGCGUUGCUCUGGACCACCGUGCCUCUCGUCUGAGUCCGUUGGUUGUCACUGACCUGCUUAUGCCGAAA